AUGACCCGCCUGGCGGGACUCACCAGCGGCAGCACAGAGGUGAACAGGCCCUGGAUGGUGGCUCCCUUCUCCACGGCCUCCGCCACCUUCUCAGUGCUGGACAGAAAGAUCACGACCGCUCCGUUCAUACGUGAAGCAGACUUGAUGUGGACGUAUCCCACUUCUUUCCCCACAGCGAGUAUCACCUCCUCCACAGAGAGUAUCGCCUCCUCCACAGAGAGUAUCACCUCCUCCACAGAGAGUAUCACCUCCUCCACAGAGAGUAUCGCCUCCUCCACAGAGAGUAUCGCCUCCUCCACAGAGAGUAUCACCUCCUCCACAGAGAGUAUCGCCUCCUCCACAGAGAGUAUCGCCUCCUCCACAGAGAGUAUCGCCUCCUCCACAGAGAGUAUCGCCUCCUCCACAGAGAGUAUCGCCUCCUCCACAGAGAGUAUCGCCUCCUCCACAGAGAAGAGUAUCGCCUCCUCCACAGAGAGUAUCGCCUCCUCCACAGAGAGUAUCGCCUCCUCCACAGAGAGUAUCGCCUCCUCUACAGAGAGUAUCGCCUCCUCCACAGAGAGUAUCGCCUCCUCCACAGAGAGUAUCGCCUCCUCCACAGAGAGUAUCACCUCCUCCACAGAGAGUAUCGCCUCCUCCACAGAGAGUAUCGCCUCCUCCACAGAGAGUAUCACCUCCUCCACAGAGAGUAUCACCUCCUCCACAGAGAGUAUCGCCUCCUCCACAGAGAGUAUCGCCUCCUCCACAGAGAGUAUCGCCUCCUCCACAGAGAGUAUCGCCUCCUCCACAGAGAGUAUCGCCUCCUCCACAGAGAGUAUCGCCUCCUCCACAGAGAGUAUCGCCUCCUCCACAGAGAGUAUCGCCUCCUCCACAGAGAGUAUCGCCUCCUCCACAGAGAGUAUCGCCUCCUCCACAGAGAGUAUCGCCUCCUCCACAGAGCAGGACGCCGCGUCAGCUGCUCCAAACCUCUGUUCCCGGCCAUCCCGGGCGUUACGCCUCGCCCGGAGGCCGGUACACGGGCAACAAACACUCCGAAACACAAGCGCACGGUAA